GCGGAGAGUGAAAUGGAAGGUCCGCAGAACGGCUUGGAGGAGACUUUGAAAAAGAUGGCAGCGCCCAGUGUAGGAAAGCAUGCCGCCAAGUUGAAGAAGGUGUGGCCGGAAUGGCGCAAGAUGGCUUCGGCGCCUGCCGUGGGUCUGGUCUACAGAGAAUGUUUGCUGCUCAGUUUCUUGCAUGCGGCUUGCGCGCUAGCUCAACUGAGCUCCAAACCUGUGUAUAGCCUGUGGGUCAUGCCACCCCUUCGGGAAGGCCUUGUCUUGGCCGUUGUGCUCUUCGGCACCAAGCAUCCGUUGGCGCUGAAGCUCAUCAAUGCAUGUCGCAGGUUACAUCGGCCUCCGGAACCCGAAUCAGCCGUGAGACGACCUCCCUUGUCCAGAAGGUGUCACUUCGAUGAGGCGAAGCCCAAAGCCGCGCCAAAGUCGAAAGCGACGUUCCGCCCAAAGGUGGCGCCACGCAGACAGGAUCCUCGAAAGCGGCCGGCCGUGCCACCAGCGUGGAACGCGGGGCCUGGGGUGAAACCCCCCGGUGGCCGACUCCCAGGCCGCAGACACGACCUCAAAGAGCUUCGCGAGCUUCGCGAACGCGGCAGAGCUCACGCCGAGGACGUACCGGACAACGCUUCGGUGCGGUCCUUCGCAUCAGAUCCAGGUCAUCAAUACCCGGAAAGGCGGACUGCCACUGUUUGA